AAGUGGACAUUGAACCGUCACACUCACUCAACCAGAGAGUGUGAGGGUUUUAGCCGAGUGUUUCAGACAAAAUAAAACUCAGGGCUGCUUGUCUCUUUACAGUCUAUCGGUGAAAUGGCCGCCAAGCAGGAGGAUCAGGAGCAUCACGGAGUCGAGCUGGACCAGGAUCAGUUCUGCUGCUCGGUGUGUCUGGAUCUUCUAAAGGAGCCUGUGACCAUUUAUUGUGGACACAGUUACUGCAGAUGCUGUAUUGAGGGUUGCUGGGACCAGGAGGAGGAGAAGGGGGAGUUCAGCUGCCCUCAGUGCAGAGAAACCUUCAUCCCCAGACCUGUGCUGAGGAGGAACAAUAUGCUGGCUGAGGUGGUGAGGACACUGAAGAGGACAAGCACCAAAGCGGACUCUCCUCCUCAGGCCUGCAGCGGCCCAGCGGAUGUUCCCUGUGAUUUCUGCAGCGGAACCGGCCGAACCAAAGCCACCAUGUCCUGCUUGACGUGUUUGGCGUCCUACUGUGCAGCUCACCUGGAGCCUCACUACUGUGUUCCUGUGCUGAAGAAGCACCAGCUGGUCUCAGCUACAGUCCCACUGCAGGAGAAGAUGUGCUCCGAACACAACAAGCUGAUGGAGUUCUACUGUGAGACGGACGAGCAGCUUGUGUGCUCCAUGUGCACUCUGGAGGAGCAUGAGCUGCACAAAUUUGUCUCCGUUUCAGCACUGAAGGACAAAACAAAGAAAAAUCUGGAUUCAACUCAAAAGAAAAUCCAGGAGGAAGUCCAGCAGAGGGAGAAGGAGCUGCAGGAACUGAAGCGAGCUGAGGAGAAUGUCAAGAGCUGUGCUCAGACGUCACUGACGGACUGCGACCAGAUCUUUGCCCAGCUGAUCUCCUCCAUGCAGAAGAGACGCAGCGAAGUGAAGCAGCUGGUUUCAGCGCAGGAGAAAACUGCCGUCUGUCAGUCCGAAGAGCUGAAGCUGCAGCUGGAGGAGGAGAUCAGCAGGCUGAGGAGGAGAGACGCCCAACUGGAGGAGCUGUCGCAUACUGACGACCACAUCUAUGUGAUGCAGUUUCUCUCCACAUCCUGUGAUUUUCCUGAGUUUACACCUGCUGCUGCUCCUCUACGUUCCUUCCGAGAUGUGACCGACUGUGUGUCUGAGCUGAGAGACAAUCUGGAGGCUGUACUGAAGGAAACGUGGCCACGAAUCUCAACCACAGUCUCUUAUGUCGACUUCUCACUACCACCAGCACCCAACUCCAGAGAAGAGUUUCUACGCUAUCAUCGUCCCCUCACUCUGGACGUGACCUCCAACUACCCAUAUCUCCACCUGAUUCACGACAACCUCCGACUGAGGCCUUCCCCCAGCUCCUACUCUGCUCAUCCAGACAGGUUCACUAAGUUUCCACAGGUUCUGUGCAGAGAGGGUUUGUCUGAGCGAUGCUACUGGGAGCUGGAGUGGCACGCUCGCACUCUGUCUGCAGCGGUGGCCUACAAAGACACCGACCGAACCUCAGACGAGUCCCAGUUUGGUAGAAAUGACAAGUCGUGGAGUUUAGAGUGCACAGCGGGCAGCUACUUGUUCCGUCACAAUAAUGUAGAAGAGAAAGUGUCAGGGCCUCCGUCCUGCAGGAUCGGAGUUUACCUGGAUUAUAAAGCAGGAGCUCUGAGUUUUUAUCACGUCAAUGACCCGAUGGUCCUCAUCCACAAAGUCCUGACCACGUUCACCCAGCCUCUCCACCCGGGGAUUGGGCUGAACUAUGAAUGGUAUGAUGUUGGAGUAUUUGCACAGCUGGUCAAGCUAUGGUAGUCUGAGUAAGUGUGAGUGUGUUUGAGGGAUUUUUUCCCCUAUGUUGUAACUAUAUCUACUGAUAAAAAUGUUAUGAACCAUCCUGGAAGUCCCUGAGAAUCUAAGAUGAAGAAAUAAAGAUGCUUUUUAGUGCAUAGCAGUAGAUAACAAGGGACAUAUUAUAGAUGGGAAGGUGUAAGAAAAGCUUUUGCAGACAACAAUUUCUAAAUAUAAAGUGAAAUCCACAAUUUUGUGCAAAAGCAGAUCUUUUACUUCCUAUAAAGUAAUUUCUGUCAUAACUCCCCUGAGCAGCCUGAUAUUAGAAAGAUGGUAUCAGUUUGUUUCUGCAGAUCCCACUUCACUCUCCGCUGAAGUAAAUCCGUGCAAUCCUGUAUCUGUUUUCCAAGACAAAUGCUUUGUUUGUUCUUGUUGGUGGUUGAUUACGAUCAGGAGGGUUUUCAUUGCCAGUGAGAAAAAAAAACCUGCAAGUUAUUGCAAGCGUGAAAUCCCUAUUGCGGUUUUGUUUUCAAUGUGGAAACUUUGCUUGGAAAAUGGACAAACCUGCUUAUACAGCAUCACAAUUUGCUGCCAACUGUCACUGUUUAUUGCUUUUUUUGUGAGUGUUAACUGCGUAUAAAUUAUGACUGACAGGGCUGAGCUACUUAGCAUGUUUGACAGCUUGUUUUAUUCACUGGAGAUUUAAAUAUUCCCAUGACAUGUUUUCACUGCAAAUGUCUUCUUAAAUUUCACUGCAAUAGCUUAAAUAUGGUUUGCACUUCAAAAAAAAUAAAUGUAAUUGCAUUGCUUA